AUGGCCCACCUGGGAGCCCAUUUUGCCUUUAGAUCCCGCUGGCAGAAGACCGACGAUGAACUCUGUCGUCAUAGCAUGUCCUUUAUCCUUCACAAAGCCAUUCGCAAUGACUUCUUUCAGAGCUACCUCUACCUGCUGGAAAAAAUUCCCCUGGUAAAAUUGUAUGCUUUAACAAGCCAAGUCAUUGACGGUGAGAUGCAGUUCUAUGCCAGAGCCAAACUUUUCUACCAAGAAGUACCGGCCACAGAAGAAGGCAUGAUGGGAAAUUUUAUUGAACUAUCCAACCCAGAUAUCCAGGCAUCUCGUGAAUUUCUUAGUAAAUUUGUUGGGGGGCCAGGGAGAGCGGGAACUGGCUGCGCCUUGGACUGCGGUUCUGGAAUAGGAAGGGUCAGCAAGCACGUCUUGUUGCCUGUUUUCAGCAGUGUUGAACUGGUGGAUAUGAUGGAAUCCUUCCUCCUUGAAGCCCAGAGCUACCUGCAGGUUAACGAAGACAAAGUUGAAAGUUAUCACUGCUAUGGCCUGCAGGAGUUCACACCCCACUUAGGGAGAUACGAUGUCAUCUGGAUUCAGUGGGUCUCAGGGUACCUGACUGAUAAGGACCUUCUUGCAUUUCUUUCCCGGUGUCGAGAUGGUCUGAAAGAAAAUGGUGUUAUCAUACUGAAGGACAAUGUGGCACGGGAGGGCUGUAUCUUCGACCUGUCUGACAGCAGUGUGACUCGGGACAUGGACAUCCUUCGAAGCCUUAUUAGGAAGAGUGGACUGGUGGUUCUGGGCCAGGAGAAACAAGAGGGUUUCCCAGAGCAGUGUGUUCCGGUGUGGAUGUUUGCACUGCACAGUGACAGACACUCUUGA